AUGACCAGAGACAUCAAAAACCACUUACUCUUCGAGGUGGCCACUGAGGUUGCCCACAAAGUGGGAGGGAUCUAUUCAGUGUUGAAAUCCAAAGCUCCUAUCACCGUGGCCGAAUAUAAAGAACGGUAUACUUUAAUUGGUCCCUUACAUGAUGAAUCUGCUGCCAUUGAAGUGGAAGAAUUACCUGUGAAAGACCCUAAAAUCAAAGCUGCCUUGGAUCAAAUGAGUGAAAGAGGAAUCCGUUGGUUAUAUGGUAGAUGGUUGAUUGAAGGAGCCCCAAGAGUUCUUUUGUUUGAUAUCUGGUCUGCUGCAUAUAACUUGAAUGAUUGGAAACUGGAUAUGUGGAACAUUGCCGGAAUCCCCACUCCUGAUCAUGAUCAAGAAACUAAUGAAGCCAUUCUUUUGGGUUAUUUGGUGGCUUGGUUUCUUGGAGAAUUGACUUAUCAUGACCAAGAAAGAGCGGUGAUUUGUCAUUGUCAUGAAUGGUUGGCUGGUGUUGCCUUACCUUUGUGUCGGAAGCGUAGAAUUGAUGUCUCCACCGUUUUCACUACUCAUGCUACGUUAUUGGGAAGAUACUUGUGUGCUGGGUCCACCGAUUUCUAUAAUAACUUGUCGAAUUUCGAUGUUGAUGCUGAAGCAGGUAAAAGAGGAAUUUAUCAUCGGUACUGUAUUGAAAGAUCAGCUACUCAUUCUGCUGAUGUUUUCACCACUGUUUCUCAAAUCACUGCUUAUGAAUCCGAACAUUUGUUAAAGAGAAAACCUGAUGGUGUCUUACCCAAUGGGUUGAACGUUGUUAAGUUCCAAGCAGUUCAUGAAUUCCAAAAUUUGCAUGCUAUUAAGAAAGCUAAGAUUAAUGAAUUUGUUAAAGGUCAUUUCUAUGGUCAUUAUGACUUUGAUUUGGAUAAUACCUUGUACUUUUUCAUUGCAGGUAGAUAUGAAUUCCGUAAUAAGGGUUGUGAUUUCUUUAUUGAAUCCUUAGCUCGUUUGAAUCAUCGUUUGAAGGAAGCUGGUUCUAAAAUGACGGUUGUGGCCUUUAUCAUUAUGCCAGGUAAAACUCAUUCUUAUACUGUGGAAACUUUGAAGGGUCAAGCUGUUGUCAAACAAUUAGAAAACACCAUUGGUGAAGUUCAAAAGAAGGUUGGUGAACGUUUAUUUGAGUAUUGUGCUCGUUUCCCCAAUACACAACAUGCACCAGGUUCAAAUGAAGUGCCCUCCAUUGAUGAAUUGAUUAAGCCAGCAGACAGAGUCUUGUUGAAGAGAAGAAUCUUUGCCUUAAAGAGAGAUGGGUUACCUCCAAUCGUUACCCAUAACAUGGCGGAUGAUAACACCGAUCCUAUCUUGAACCAAAUCCGUCGUGUUAGAUUGUUCAACACCCCAGAAGAUAGAGUUAAAAUUAUUUUCCAUCCUGAAUUCUUGAAUGCUAACAAUCCAAUCUUAUCCCUUGAUUAUGACGAAUUUGUUAGAGGUUGUCAUUUGGGUGUUUUUCCUUCAUAUUAUGAACCAUGGGGUUACACACCUGCUGAAUGUACUGUUAUGGGUGUUCCAUCUAUUACUACCAAUUUAUCAGGAUUUGGAUGUUAUAUGGAAGAUUUGAUUGAAAACACCAAUGAUUAUGGUAUUUACAUCGUUGAUAGAAGAAUGAAGGCUGUUGAUGAAUCUAUCAAUCAAUUGUGUGACUUUAUGUUUGAUUUUGCUCAAAAAACCAGAAGACAACGUAUCAAUCAACGUAACAGAACAGAACGUCUUUCUGAUUUGUUGGAUUGGAAACGUAUGGGAUUGGAAUACAUUAAGGCUCGUCAAUUGGCUUUGAAGAGAUCAUAUCCAGAUAAAUUUAAGAAUGGAUCCAAUCCAUUCAAUAAUCUGGAAGCUCUUAAAUUGACUAGACCUUUAUCAGUUCCUGGAUCUCCUCGUAACAAAGGGUUGAUGACUCCUGGUGAUUUGGGUUCAUUACAAGAAGCUCAAGAGAGUUUGAACACUGAAGAUUACAUUGGAUUCAGGUUAGGUCUUGGUCAAAAUGGUGAUAAUGAGGAUGAAGAUGGAGAAGACUCAGGGUAUCCCUUGACAUUAAGAGGCAAUAGCAUUCCUCCACCUGAAGAAUAA